AUGGAGACGUCUAACAAGGAUAACGUUAGUAAAAUGAAAUACAUCUUCCGGAAACUUACAGAUCGAAAAACGAUUCAAAAGAGUUGUGGCGAUGAGCUCGAGGAGGUUGCGUGCCAACAAUCCGGAUUUGGAAGCAAGUGGAUGUCAAGAUGCGUGUGCGACAGUCCACUAUGCAACGGAGACCAGGCGCUUAUCGAUGCUGGUCUGGAACCUUCAUCAGCAGCUCCACCACCAGCUCAUUUCACGCAAUUCGCCCUGCUCGUCGCAAUUCUCGUAUUCGUCGGAGCCAGUUGCUCACUGAUUGUGAUCGCCACCAUUUGUGUCCAGUUCUGCUAG